UGUAGAAGAGCAUCCCCCCAGUCGAGUCCGGGACUUUAGCCACGCCGGUCCAGCACACGACGCAAGUCACGCCCGUUUUUUUUUUUAUUUAUUAAUGAAAUCGAAGCCAGAAAUUGAAUUGAAAGAAAAAAAAAAAAAAGGAAAUCAGAGGACAAGAGAAAACUCAAUAAUAAAUUGGUGUCCAUGUGCUAGUGUGUGUGUAUGUGUGUAUGUGUGCUAUCGUUGAAUAAGUGCAUCAUUGUGUCAGUGGAAGAAAAAACGAAUUGAAAUGCAACGAUGGCUAUUAUGAUGUGCUGAGAAAUUAGUACGUGAUUAGUUGUUGGAAAAAUGGCGGCCAUCAAGCACAACGGGUUGAGCCACAGCUGUAGCAACAGCAGCAGCAAUAGCAGCACUAAUGGUAGCGUGAUGGGUGAUUGUCACGUUACCGCAGAUGGGGAUUCGUCGCCUGGAUUUGAAUGGGUCGGCGCAUCGUGCGGCCACCACGGCACCUACACCUUUUACAAGGCGGUCAAGUUGUCUACGCCAAUGCAUCGACGUGUCCUCGCAUUGGGCGAUUUCUUCUUUGUUAAAAUGUGGACAGAUCAGGAAAUCGUUUCAAUCGGUGAGCUUCAAUUAUUGUGGGAGGACGACAAAUUUCCCGUACACAACAACGGCCAUCAUCAUCACAAUCAACCAUCUUCGCCUCUAGCCAGUCUCAAGUUGUACUUUCUGCCCGAGAACACACCCGACGGACGACACGAGGAACACGGCGAGGAUGAGGUAGUUUCUAUAUCGGAGAAGGUUGUGUUGAAAAUUUCUGAUUUGGCGACGUGGCUCGUUGACGAUGUCAAAUGGGAGAAAGGCGCUCCUUCCGUGUGGGAGCGCCAGUGCCCUACUCCGCCGCCGUCUCCACCGGAUUCGCCGAACGCGGCCGAUGCGACGGAAGGAGCGGCCAUUCCGCCUGCUGGCGCUAAUCUCGGCGUGCUGGACAUGCGCGACGUCAUCAAGGAGAAACAAUCUAUCGGUGAUGCAACUGGAUCAUCCAACGUCCUGGUCUUGAGUUAUCCGGCUUACUGUCGCUAUCGGUCGACACUCAAGCGGCUGGAAGGGCACAACCAGACGGAUUACAUGCGCCAAGCUGUGGUCGAGGCCAUCGGCGGACGGGCAGCUCCUCUACCCAACACGCGUGUCGUCUUUUGUAAAAAUACAUUCGACUAUCCCGAACUCGAAGAUCACGAACUUUUGUGCAAUCAUCUCGCACCGAAAUGGAAGGGCCGUCCGAGGAAAAUGCUUAAAAAGCGAAGUCAUUCGCCUGGAUCGGAAUCGAACGAGUCUGAAUCAUCCGUCAGUACCGUUACCUCUUCCUAUAGGAGUAAAGAUUCACCUAUGAAACCUGGAAUUCGAAACGUUCCUACUCCAUAUCGAGCUGGUGACAGGCCUAAGGGUGAACAAGUGUUCAUGCAGAAAUUGCACAAAUUCAUGGCCGGACGAGGGACGCCGAUUGGCAGACUGCCCAGUUUGGGAUUCAAGCAACUGGAUUUGUUCCUGUUCUACACCAAAGUGCAAAGAGCCGGCGGAUACGAAGCGGCCGUGGCCAACAAACAGUGGAAAGGCAUCUACAUCGAGUUGGGUGGCCACCCGAGCAACACGAGCGCCGCCACUUGUACUCGACGACACUAUGAAAAGUUACUGCUACCCUACGAACGACAUGCCAUGUCGUUGGCGGCAGAAGAAUCUUCAACGGCCAGCACUUCCGUCGCCACUCCGCCAAAGAAGCGCAAAAUUUCCGACGUUUCUGAUCUGCCAUUUGAGCCCGCGGCAGCGCCGGCAGAGCACGUUGACGAUGAGGAAGACAAGAAGCAACAGCCGCCAUCUAACGGUGGCGGUGGUGUGGAUGCUGGACGGAUGGAUCGGUUACGGAUCGUCGAGAGUUGCCUGCCGCAACCAACGGACGAGACCUCUAAAUCACCAAAGAUUGUCGAGAGUCCAUUACCGGGUUCGGUCAUUGUCCGACAUCCACAACCGCCACCGCCGCCUCCGGAAGCGCCCGACGAUGGUGCCCAUUCCGAGCCGGAAGUCGUGAUUCUGUCGCAUCCUCCUGCAACGUCUCAGCCUAUCGCCAAAGUGGCCGUGCGGAGUGAUUUGACUCGUCCAGCCGACGGAGAGGUUCCAGCUGAAAUGAAGGAACAGUUGAAAUCGGUAGCAGAAUGUUCCAGUUUAAAUCUUGCCGGAUUAAUGGCAGCCGGUGAUCGGGCCAACCUAAUGGCCGCCGUGGCUGCUGCAGCUGCUUCGGGCGAUACCAAACAACUCUCGGCAUUGGGCGAUUUCGCUCGAUACGCACAACAAUUGGAUUCAACAGCCGCAUCGGCCGCCAAACUCAAUCGGAAUAAAGAGUCUAAGAACUAUCCGGCCAGUGGUGAAGUGUCAAAGGAUGGCGACAUCAGGCGACCGUCGGUCAUUCAAAAGAACUUGGUCGAUGGUAGGACGAGUAAAAGCGGCCAGCCAUCGAGCGGGUCGUCUGCCCAGCCGACGGGAUUGGGUCCACCUCCUCCGGCUCAUAGUCAGAAACCAGUCACGUUGCCCAGCAUUCCGGCUGGAGAAGUUCCGGCUUCGGAGCAAUUGCGCCAGUGGUACGCACAGAUGCUUUCGGACAAAGCGACGGGCGGGAACCCGUUGCCGGCCAGCGCCGCUGCCAUGUUGGAAUUGACUUUAAGACCGCCCACUCCGGCGGCAGCUACUCCGUCCAUCUUCGUCCCGUCUCGCCGCAUCUACGUCGAUCCCAACUUGGACAUCAAGAGGAAUCGCAAUAGCACGGCCCUUGCGGCUGGAUCGUCCUCCGCCAUCCCGGCUGCGCAUUCGAAAUCAGCCAUGUCCGUUUCGAACCAUAAAGUGUCGCCGACACCAAUCAACACGGGACCACCACCUCUGCAAAACAUCACUCCGCCUCGUCCGGCUGCAUCUCGACCGGUUGUAGCAGCUCAGACCAACCACGUCCGCGCUUCUACUGCACCUCAGUCACUGGCACCGGCAGCCCGGGUUGCCGCCAUUCCACUGGUUGACUUGACUAGCCGAUCCAUCAACAACAUGAAAACGGAAGAUCAUCAUCAUUCCGGCAGGAAAGCAUCGCAGCCAUUUGCCGCUCAUCCUUCUAGCCAGAUGGAAGUGAAUGGCAAACCGUUGCUGGAUUUGAGCGCACACCAACAGAACAAGCUUGCAGGCCUACCCAAGUGGAACAGUUCGCCGCGAUCCGGCGAUGUGUCGAUUAGCCUCAACGUCAAAAUCGAUGGCGUCGGAUCGGAUGCGAAAACAUCCAGCGGUGCCAGUAGUUCGAACGCGCAACGUCAUUCCGUCACGGUCGUUCCACUCGUCAAAGAAGAGAUGUCUAAUUCUCGGCAGCACCGGAAGGAGAAAGAGAUGAAGCGGAUAGAUCGCGUAUCCGUCACGCCCCAACAACAGCAACAACAGCAGCUAUUACAACAACAGCCGCAAGCACAGCCCCAAGCGCAGCCGCAAAGUUAUCCACGAAUGGUCGACAGUUUGGUGACCAUGAAUGCCUCUUCGUCGAGUGGAGCCUCCUCAAUGACCAAAUCCGGUCCAACUAUGACCUCUUCGCACUACGGCGGAUCGUCGUCUUCUUCCGGGGCCAGUAAACCGACCACAUCCAGUUCGUCAGCCGGCCUUCAUGCAGCUUAUCCGGCGUUACUUGAUCCGGCGCUAGCGUCUUACUAUUCGUCGCUGUAUUCGUCACACAUGUACAACCUUCCGGCCGGGGCUUUUAUGGCCGCUGCGGCUGCCGCGGCACCGCCGCAGCUUCAACACACGCCAACCUCGUCAGCCAUGUUCCACCACCAUCAUCAUCAGCAGAUGGUGGCGUCUAGCGCGGCGGCUGAAGUGACGGCUCAAGUCUAUAAGGAUAUGAUUCAACGUGGCUAUCCGCCAGCCUUGGCACCGGUCCUUCCUCCCGGACUGAGUGGCCUGCCUGGAUUAAGUUCCCUCGGAUCUUUCGCCGCCUCCAUGUACUCGCCAUUGGGCGGGGGGAAAGAUUCUACUCCGGCCGAACGUUCUCUCCCCAAAUCAUGAGAGUUCCAUCUUUUUUGAUGAAGAUCUUGUGACGAUACAAUUUAAAACAAUAAUAAUAAUAAAUUGACAAUUUGUUGUGCGCGCGCGCGUGUGUGUGUGUGUGUGUGUGUGUGUGUGUGUGGGUGUGCACCGACGUGUAUGUGUGUCAAGGAUUUUGUGCUUCAAUUUGUAAAUGGAUAGAAGCUCCUGCAUUGGGAGGCUACCGAUGGAAUCGAUUCGCAAACAAUUAUUUUUGAUCCGAUUGAUUUCUUCUUUUUUUUUUCAAGGUUUAUAAUGCCUGAAACAAAAAACAAAUCAGUCCGGUCUUGGCUCGUAUCCAUCGUUUUUAUGUGUCCAGAUUAACUGUUCGUUUUAAAUGAUAUCUCUUAAGAGUUGCAUCUGUCGAGUCGGGAAAACAUUUUGUAUCACAGAAUCGCUUGGCAAUGAAAUUUGUACAUAAGACCCAAUUUUUUUUCUCCCCUUCCACCACUUUAAAUUUCGGAACUGUACGUUAAUUGCAUCCGUUUCUCUCACCAUCCUUCUUUCUGUCGUGUGUUUUUUCUUCCUUUCUUUUCCUGCCCUUCCAUUACCUCAUUUCGUGUGUUGAUGCCGGCAAAAUGGACCGGUCGUCUGUGAGUGUAUCCCAACGGAGAAAACGUGAUGUACUCUCGCAAGUACACUGCAUUAUAUUUCUACAAA